GUAACAGUUCAGCAGUGAUUCUACAGCGGUGGUCGGAGAAGCUGCUGUUGUCCGUUAGGCGGGAAACGGCGUUGUGUCCCGUACUUUCGGGAUGCGCUUUAACGCUUCAUCUGACGCAUGCUCGAGCGAUGUGCUCAUUGAAAUGGCAGAGCCGCGGCGCGUGUUGUCGGGUCCGGUAACGGGCGCCGCGGUGUCGGGAGUGUGUCUCGCGCUGGUCACCGCUGCGCUCAUCUACGUGUGUCACCGGAAACAAGUGAUGAUAACUGCAGCGUUUGAGGGUGCGAGGAGGCGGACGGAGGCCUGUGAGGACAGUGAUAGUGAGAGCCACAGAACACAACACACAGAACCAGCUGAAGCAGACGAGCCUCCAUUGACGGUGAACAGUGAUGUGGCGGUGUUUGCAUCGAAGGCGCGUGUCGUUUACCCCAUCAACCAGAGAUACCGACCGUUAGCAGACGGAGCGUCGAACCCUUCUCUACAUGAGCCGUCCAAACACCUAGACACAUUUAACCAGGACUCCGCCUCCUCGUCAGGUGAUGAUUGGCCGAGCCAGGAGAGGGACAACGACGACAGCAGUCAGUUUAUCUUGUGUAGCCCCGCCUCUAAAACACACGCCAGACCCGUGUUUAAGAGAGUUCAACACUACCCACAAACUCUGAGCCAGUCACGGGUCAGUUUGUUGUGUUUGACUCUACAGGAACUACAACUCUAUACAGCACAACUACAGCAGGAGAAGUACAGGAUUUACCUGCACAUCAUCAAAGUGUUGCUGGGCGAUGGAGAGAGCGCUGAUGUCAUCCACACGCAGCAGCAACAGGAAGUGGAGGAGCUGAAGAGAGGCAUGUCUGCGGACGAGGGGGCGGAGUCAGACACUGUCAUGUGUUCUUUAGAGGAUGUGGAGAAAACGGGACGAGAGCAGCUGGAGCGUGCACUGAACACGGCUGUGUGUUUUGUGAAGCAGUUGGAGCAGCUCCAUCAGACUCUCCACUGCAAGUUUUCCAGUGAUGUCACUGAGGAAGUGAUGCAUAUGUUAAUGAGAUGCCUGCGAUUGGUGGAAAGCGGCCUUGCUGAGAUUCAGGCGUCUGUUAUAAAGACACUGAUGAACAGGUUUGAGUGGUGGGAGGAAGUGUCUGAUUGGCUGAGAGAAAGGACUGCCCUAUUAAAACAGGAGGCGGAGCUUAUAGUAAAACUCACAGGCCAAUCAAUGAAGCAGCUGAGAGUUGAUGGACAGCUGAUGGAAAAACUGAUGAGUGAAUUUGAGACGUCAGUUCAUGAAGUACUGCAGCAGAGCACCGACGAGGUGAGACGUCAGUCGGAAGAGCUCUCACUGGAUCGCUGUCAGCAGAUGUGUUUGAAGAGGAGGAAGAUGAUGAAGAAUCAGAGUUCAGACUGCAGCCACAUGCUGUCAAACACACAGACGACAGACACAAAGCACAUCAUACAGCAGGUGUUUAUGGAGCUUCAGGUGAGACAGUGGAAUCAGAGGAGAGACUUUGAGUUGCAGCAGGAUGCAAGAGUCACUGACGCUCUGUAUGAAUGCUGGACGAAUUUGUUUGGUGACUGCAGCAGACGCUUUACUCAACUGUGGACAGAGUUUGUUUUGAGCAACAUUCCUGCAGGCUCCGCCCCCAAAACAAAUCUCGGCCAAUCAGUGUUGAAGAGCAUGAAGCAAACAGUGACCAAUCAGAUGCAGCAAGAGCAAAGACACGCCCACACACACUUGCACAUGCUCAGAGAGCAGCUGCAGCGACGCAGACAGGUUUGGAUUGAGGAGGAGGCUUUGACUCGGUCUUGUCUGAAUCACUUUGGAGAACAACAGUGUAAAGUUGUCACGGCGAUGGUUUCCAGGCAUCCUGAAAUGCAGAAGAGUUGUGCUCUCAUUGAGGAGCAGCAGCAGCUUUUGCUCUUGGAGUUUCAGAGAAUUUUAUCAGCGCGACAUUUUUAUCUGCGAACUGUGAGAGAGAUGAAACUGAGUGAACUCAACACACAGUCUGAAACACAGGACCCCUGUGUUUGUGUUGCCAUGUCAUUGGUCCACCCUGAGGUGUCUGUGAUUGGUCAGAAUGUUCAGCAUGAGCACCUAUCAGAGUUGGAGACUGUCGCUGACAUGCUACAGGGACACGCCCACUUCAUGGUUGGCCACGUCCUCUCCCGCAUGGCGCGGCUGCAGAUGAGCCGUCAGUCUGCUUGUGUCACAGAGCGGCUGAUUGACGCAGCGUGUGAAAGUGUCUAUGUGACACGGGAUUCUGUUCUGUCUCUCGUCCGGGAAUAUUACUCUCGGAUCCAGCGCAUCACCAUGACAACACAGCAGCAGCUGCGGGUCCACACCAGUGCAGCCAAUAACACAGAGGUGCACACAGAAAGGAAGGUUUCUAUUGAAGCACUACACACACAACUCAACGACUGGGCCGGAAAACCAAACUCUACUGAAUUACAUCACCGGGUGUCUGACCUAAAGAGGAAAUGUCUCGCCACAUUUGAAAAGCAGCAUCACAGUCCAGUGCUCACACACACAUACAGACAACAACUCAGAGAUGAAGAGGAGGCUUUCAUGUGUCGUCUGGCGGCUUUAGCGCGUGUGUCUCUCAACAACAUGAACAAGGAGGAUUUUUCAGGGUCAGAGGUCAGAGACACAGACGUGCAGAUAGUCACAUGAUGUUCAGAUCUGAACACAACACAGACUCACAACUACACAAACUGCUUUUAUGUGUCCAACAGUGUGUUAUUGUGCUUAACAUGCCUGUGUUUAAUUACUCUACACUUUUAUUCCAGUUACAGUAAUAUUAUACAUGUAAUAUUACUCCACUAAAUCAGAUGUCUGCACACACACGUGUUAUAUGUGUAACAUAUUUAGUGUAUGUUGUUUAUGUAUAAUAAUGUGAUCAUUUUUCUUAGAUGCUGCAACAAACAUGUUUCAUAAAAAUGUUGAGUGUUUUUGAGCACUAGAAAGUCUCAUUAAAGCAUGUUUCACUAGU